CGUCGACUGCCGCCCUCCGGUGCAGGCAGAGCCGCCCGGCGGCCCGGCGGAAGCCGGCAGCGCCUCACUUCCCGCCGUCCCCCUCGGCCGCCGCCCCGCCGGGGCGGAAGUGAGGAGCUGCCGCCGUCGCUAUGGAGUAACCGGAGCGGGACGGGGCCGAGGCGGAGGCAGCGGGACGGGCGGCCCGCCGGGCCCGGCAGUAGGGCCCCGUGCCAACGGCUUCCCCCGCGCUGAGGAUACUACCUUGGUAGAGACCAUGGAGUCCAUGCUGAAUAAGCUGAAGAGUACCGUUACGAAGGUAACGGCAGAUGUCACCAGCGCGGUCAUGGGAAAUCCUGUGACCAGGGAGUUUGAUGUUGGCCGACAUAUUGCCAGUGGUGGUAACGGUCUUGCCUGGAAGAUAUUUAAUGGAACUAAAAAAUCAACAAAACAGGAAGUGGCUGUUUUUGUAUUUGAUAAGAAGCUAAUAGACAAGUACCAAAAAUUUGAAAAGGAUCAGAUUAUUGAUUCUUUAAAACGAGGUGUUCAGCAGCUAACCAGACUUCGACACCCUCGACUGCUCACUGUUCAACAUCCAUUGGAAGAAUCCAGAGACUGCUUGGCAUUUUGUACAGAACCAGUGUGUGCAAGUUUAGCUAAUGUUCUUGGCAGCUGGGACAAUCUACCUUCUCCUUUACCAUCCGACAUUAAAGAAUACAAACUUUAUGAUGUGGAGACCAAAUAUGGCUUGCUUCAGGUUUCUGAAGGCUUGUCCUUUUUGCAUAGCAGUGUGAAGAUGGUCCAUGGAAAUGUUACUCCUGAAAAUAUAAUUUUGAAUAAGAGUGGAGCAUGGAAAAUUACAGGCUUUGAUUUUUGUAUCCAAUCAACAAACCCAUCUGAACAGGAGCCAAAGUUCCCUUGUAAGGAAUGGGAUCCAAACUUGCCAUCCUUGUGUCUUCCAAAUCCCGAAUAUCUGGCACCAGAAUACAUUCUUUCUGUGAGCUGUGAGACAGCCAGUGAUAUGUACUCCCUAGGAGCUGUUAUGUAUGCAGUGUUUAAUAAAGGGAAACCAAUUUUUGAGGUCAACAAGCAGGAUAUUUAUAAAAGUUUUAGUAGACAACUCGAUCAGCUGAGCCGUUUAAGCUCCAGUAAUCUUCAGAAUAUACCAGAGGAGGUGCGUGAACAUGUAAAGCUACUCUUAAAUGUAGCUCCAGCAGUCAGACCAGACGCAGAUCAAAUGACUAAGAUACCAUUCUUUGAUGACGUAGGAGCAGUGACACUUCAAUAUUUUGAUUCGUUAUUUCAAAGGGAUAACCUUCAGAAAUCACAGUUUUUUAAAGGGCUACCAAAGGUUCUGCCCAAGCUGCCUAAGCGUGUUAUAAUUCAGCGAAUUUUGCCUUGCUUGACCUCUGAGUUUGUGAAUCCUGAUAUGGUACCCUUUGUUUUACCUAAUGUUCUACUAAUUGCUGAGGAAUGCACCAAAGAGGAAUAUAUCAGGCUCAUUCUGCCUGAUCUUGGUCCUGUUUUUAAGCAGCAAGAACCAAUCCAGAUCUUACUGAUCUUCCUGCAAAAAAUGGACUUGCUCCUAACCAAAACUCCACCGGAUGAAAUAAAGAACAGUGUUCUACCAAUGGUUUAUAGAGCCUUGGAAGCACCUUCAAUUCAGAUCCAGGAGCUUUGCCUAAACAUAAUUCCCACGUUUGCCAAUUUAAUAGAUUACCCAUCAAUGAAAAAUUCUUUAAUUCCAAGAAUUAAAAAUGCAUGUUUGCAAACUUCUUCUCUUGCUGUCCGGGUAAACUCACUAGUCUGCCUAGGAAAGAUUUUGGAGUACUUAGAUAAAUGGUUUGUGCUUGAUGAUAUUCUGCCUUUUCUACAACAAAUUCCAUCCAAGGAACCUGCAGUGCUAAUGGGAAUUCUAGGUAUUUACAAAUGCACAUUUACUCAUAAGAAGUUGGGAAUUACCAAAGAACAACUUGCAGGAAAAGUAUUGCCCCAUCUGAUUCCUCUUAGUAUUGAGAACAAUCUUAAUCUCAAUCAGUUCAAUUCUUUUAUUUGUGUUAUAAGAGAUAUGCUUAAUAGAUUGGAAGCAGAACAUAAAACAAAACUUGAGCAACUUCAUGUCAUGCAAGAGCAACAGAAAUCUUUGGAUAUAGCUAAUCAAAUGAAUGUGUCCGAAGAGGCAAGAUCUAGUAGUACAAGUAAUCAGAUUGACAAGGUAUUCAAUAGUACUGGAACGGACCUUCUAACUAGUGGGCCUGACAGUAAAGACAAUGAGUUAUCAUCAAAACAGAAAAAGGCAUCACUUACACUUGAAGAGAAGCAAAAGUUAGCUAAAGAACAAGAACAGGCACAGAAACUGAAAAGCCAACCACCUCUUAAGCCACAAGCAACUGCAAUAACACCUUCAGUGAAGCAGACAAAAGACUUGACAGAUACACUGAUAGAUAAUAUGUCAUCUUUGACUAGCCAUUCCAUCAACAAAGCUAUAGUGACAUCUUCAAACAGCUUCUCGUCUGUCCCUUCUAUGGGUGUUGGAAUGGGAUUUUCAUCACCUGCUGACAGCACAAAGAGAAAUGUAACAACAAAUGGACUGAAUACUACUAUGGGUUUUCAAACUGCUGGAUUCAGUAUGGGAAGUGGUCCCACUACUCAGAAUUUCUUCGGUGGUCCAAGUGCAACAGGAACAACCAAGAUGAACAUUGUACCAACUGCCAAUAUGCCAAAUUACAGUCCUAUGAGUGCUGCAUCUGCAAUCUCUCCACUGACACAACAAAACAGACCCCCAGAUAUGUCUGCUUUAGAUAACCUUUUUGGUCCUCAAAAACCCAAAGUUAGCAUGAAACAGUUGGCUCAACAGAAGUCAAACCAGUGGGUUAAUCAGUUUGUACCCCCACAAGGGUCCCCAAGUGUGAGCAGUUCAGUCAUGGGACCUCAGUUGAACAUGAUAGGACAGCCUGGCUUUGGUAUACAGGGUAAUCCUUUCUUUGCUCCUCAGAACUUUGCACAACCAGCAAACAUGAUGACAAACAGCAGUUCAGCUAGCAAUGACUUAAAAGAUCUUUUUGGGUAAAAUGUUUUGUUUUCUUCUUUCAAAGAUUGAUAAAAUUUGAAUCACGGGUAAGCUGAUUAACAUCUUUUUUGAUUAGUAAAAGCAUGGCUUGGGGAAACUUUCCACCCACCAAAGUAAAGAAUUCUGCACUGGAAAAAAGACUAAUUCUUGCAUUCACCUGGUAAUGCAGUGGAAUUGCGUAAGUGCACAGCCAUCUUAUGUACUAAAGAUUUCCCAUCUCUUUACCCAACUUCAGAGCACUGAAGGUAGGAUGCAUGUAUUGAGUUGAAAAAGGAGGAGCUAAAAUUUCAAAUAUAUUUAGAAGUGUAUUCAAUCAACUCCUGGAUUUAUGCAAAACUGUGUUUCUUCAACAGAAGUGCUUAGGGGGUAAUAACACUAGCAAAUACAACUUCGUGCUAUCCUGUCCUGUGGAUCAGUUUUUUUGGUGUCUGCUAAAUUCAACUUUUUUUUGAUAAGCUGUCACCUGAAUUUCACACUGUCAUUAUGCGCUAUUAUGACAGUUUGCAGAAAGUACAUUCUUAUGUUACCUCAGAAUGCUUUGUUAGCCAUGCUAUAUAGUAAUAUCUCUAACUGAUAACUGUGAAAGAGGCUAAGAAAAAAUAUCUUGCCUUUCUUCUCUUAUGAGAUGAUUGAUGAGGUAGUAAACUGCAAGAUUGAGUGGUUAUAAAAUUUUGUCCAAGUUUGGAAUAGAGGAAGAACUUUGCUCCAAUUGACAACCUGUUUUACAAUGUCAGAUCCUUGUUACCAAACCCACAGCAAAAGCCACAUACCACUUAAGUGGGAUUUUAAAAUGCAUGUGGUGACUUGGUCGUGUUUACUAUACAUUUCAGUGUUUUGGUUACCUUGAUACUGCUUCCAACUGGUGUGAAAAAGAAGAAUAUGACUUAUUAUGGAACCUCCCAGAAAAAAAAUGUCUGUAAAAUUCAAGUGUUGACUGCCCCAGCUUCUUACAGUUGGUUUGGUUACACAGAAAUAUCUUGGAUUAAUUGUUUUGGGCUCUGUUGGGAAGACGAGAAAGGGCUGCCUGGUAGAAGUUUCACAUGGUUUUGUGAAAAAGCAGACUGCCAUAAAUUGCCUUGACUAGAAUAAACUAUUAUAUUUUAAUUUUGUUUUAAUUUAAGUCCUUAUGAAGGAUAGAUGACUAUGAAGUGAGUUCUCAAAUACAGAUUUGUAAGCUCUAGAAUAUACGGUAAAUACACAGGUAUUUCAGAUCCCUUUUAUUGUAUUAUUCCAAAUUUAAUAAAGUUCUCCAGAAAAUGAAGCAGUAGUUUCUUCUACUUCCCAGAAGGCUGAUGUUCAGCUUGCCCAUGAUAGAAUCUCUGCUCUGUCAGAUACUACUGUUGGGUUUUAAUUUCUGCUUUCCUAGGAAUUUCAGGAACUUUCUUAUGUAAUAUUUCGGAGACCCUAGCUGGCUAUUUUGAGAAGGAAAGAACUAGUUACCUUUUUUAUGGAAAGCCUACAUGCUUUAUUUUUCAAAGCCUUUCACUGAAGAAAUCGUUCUUUCAUUUGCUGCUUAAGAAACCAAAGGGCCUUAUGCUGUAAAUGUGACUUGUAUUUUGGUAUAUUUCCACAGUUCUAAGCGGUAAUAGCAUUAAGCAUAUUUCUUAAAGAAUUGUUUAUGUAUUAUAGCUGCUGCCUUAGUCCUAUUAUUUUGAAAUACCUGGGACCAGUGAAAUUGUGGUUUAGAAAACAAUGCCUAACACAUUGUGAUGCUUAUGUGCUGUUAAUAUUCAUGGUAAACAUCGUAGGUUAUGUUAAAAUAUCUGUGUAAACUUAACUACGAUACUAGAACUGUUAAACUAUUUAAGUUCAUUUACAGUCACUAGUACUCUAUACUCUCAAUCACACUAAUGUCUUCUUUUAUGUCAACUUUAGAAAGCUACAUUUUGUUAGGGUAACUUAAGGCAAGACUUUGCAGAAUUACUUGAAUCUGUAUUCCUCUAAAUUAUUGAGAAAAUAAGGUUAUAUUAAAAAUAACAUCUCUCUGGACUCUACAAUAUAUUACAUUAACAUAUCUAUGGUAAAGGCAGUCUUACACAUCAGUGUCGUGACUUGGGUUUUCAGUACCUGAUCCUUCUUUUGUGAGAAGCAUUCAGAACUGGAUUUAGGUUUAAGUUAUGGAGGGAAAGUUAACUGAAAAAAUUUGAUCAGAUUGUGAUAAAAUUUUGUAUACUAGACUCCGAAACUCUGGGGUUUGGGGCAUGUACUUUUGGCAUGGGCUGUUGGAGAAUAUAAAGUAUUUUGUAAGAAAGCCAAAAAAAUGUACAAGUUAAAAGUAAGAGAAAUUCUUCCAUGCAGUGCUAAUGUGUUGGAAUAAUAUUUUUAUCUCACUCAAGUAAUAUGAAAUGUUUUCUAUUUUGUAUUUCAGAACAUAAUUUUGAUUUGUCACAAUUUUCAGAAUGACCAGAGUAGAAGAAUAGCUACCAAAAAAAAAAAAAACUGAAAAGGGAGCUUAUGAAAACAAUAGCAGUUUUUCUUUUCAGUUAUUUAAAAAUACAAAUGGAAAAGUAAUUUCAGUUAAAAUCAGAGGGUCAUAUCCCUCUUCCAUGCAGGUACUUCCUAUUUAGUGUGUCAGGAAGCUAUAUAUUUGUGAACUUCUCCAAUUAUUUCUGCUUAACUUAGAGAGAAGAGCAGUUGCAAGAAGUAAGUCACCAAGGCCGUAUGCCACUUAGCGCCUGCUACAAUAGCUUUUCUCUAGGAAGCCUUGUCCAGAUCAUCUUUCCCCUUGCAUGUCAUCAUUCUGUGGCUCUGAAGCUGAAAGACUCAUGUUGUGGCCAAAGUGAACACCGCUGUCUGAAAGCAACAGCCGUACUUCAGAUCCAGUUCAUUGUUUGGAUAAGAGUAGGAGGAAGGGACUAUGUUAUAAAUUGUGGGCCUUCCAGGGGCCUUCUAUUUUCUGGACUUGGAUGGAAAGCAGUUACAUCUAGUCUGGCCUGAAGUAGAGGGGACUAUCUAACCUUAUUUUUUUAAAAAAGAAAUUUGAAAUGGUAUCUGAUGAAGAAAUUGCAAAUUGUGUUACAGAAAUAGUAAGCUGAUAUAAAAUGCAUAUUUAUUAUAAUGCUUUGACAAAUUUAAGUUACAUAAAAUUUCUGCACUGUAUAUUCAACCUAAUUUAAAGGAAUAAUAAUAUAUGGAAACGUGGCAGGUUAUAUCAUCAUACUACAGCCCUUUACCCUGCGCAUCCAGUGUGCCUGCCCAGCUCACCUGGUUCACUUUCUGCUCAUUUGUAAAGGAGGAGCAAAGAGGAGAGGGGAGUAAGUUCCUGUUCUUUAAUUGAUUUAUCUAUUUACUACAAAAGGAGAAAUGCAAAGAAAAGUGGAAAUAUCUGCACAUUUUAAGCAUAAGCAUUAAUGGUGCUUUGGCUGUUCUGUUGUAUGCUAAAUGAAUACUUUUGUACCAAGCAAGACAGUCUUUUCCGUAUUAGAAUUGUUAGCUCAAUGUUUUUGUAUUUUUUUAAGUUUAAAAGUCUCUGAAGCAUUCUGUGAAAACCCAGUCUUAGAAAACUAAUCCUGUAGAUGGAAGGAUUGUACUGAAGAGGCUUCAAAAACCUGUUCUGCUGGGGCUGUUGGAGAGGAACCUUGAAACUAUUGACUUACUGAGCAGCUUAAAAGCCUGUAGGCCUGCCUUUCUCAAGAGGAGAGAAAUGGGAGUGAAAUGCUAUGAGUGUCAUUUCAAGGAUGGAGGAAGGAGCAGGUUUUCUGUUUCUUUUUGUACAAGUUGUAUGGAUCAGGCAGCAAACAGCCUGUGGAACGUGCAUAUGUAAAGAGGACGGCAGUACCAGUCUUUUGAAAGGUAAUGGAGUCCACCAGCUAUCUGGGAGAUGAAGAGAAAUUUUACUGGGAGCAUGGGUAGAGUGUCCUAGUUUGUUUUAAUGAAGAUUGUAUGUCUGCCUCUCUCAGUAGUGCUGUGAAUUAGAAAUGGCUUAGGGAAGUUGUGUCCUUAGAGGUCUGCCCAGAUGUUGAGUACUCCCAAGUAGAAUGCUGAAUUUUUGAAUGCAUGGGUGUGCGAUGUUUCGAGCCUUAUUGUUUAAAACAUUUCUUUCCUGUAAAGCUUUGUUAGCAAUAUCUCUUUCAGGUUGAUUUGGAACUUCCAGAAAUAUCCCAGUGGCCUCCUAAAGUUAGAAAAAAUUAUCUUUUUUUACUGUAAUUCCUGUUGUGUAUAUGUCUAUAGGUAGGUAGGUGUGUAUUUGGACUGCAGGAUUACAGAUUUUUAAGAUCAAUUUCAGCAUGAGAGCAAAGAUUAAAUGAGAAGUUAAAUUUAAAUCAAAUCCCACAAGACUUCCAUACAGGCAAGAAAUUAUAUGAUACUUCUGUUAAGUGUUAUAAAUUCAUAUUGUUUAGUCCACCUACAUCUACGUGACUUGAGCAAAAGAGUACAGUUUUUAAAAGGUAAGUUUAUGAAAACUGGGUCUCUCAUUACAGAUGAAAUUUUUGGACUCUGCAGUGAUUUUUGUUUAUUGAUGAGUUUUUUAUGGGGGGAGUGAUAUCACUAAUUUGUGCCAUUUCCAAUUAAAGAAAUGUAGGGAAGGGGAAUACAGAAGUAUCCUGUUGUAUAUGUGACCCUUUUUUGUUCUUUGUUAAGAGAAAUGCUGCAUUUUGUAUACUCAUUGUGAACUUUUAUUCUGAAAUAGCUGUGAGGAAAACUAUCUGGAGAAUUUCAGAUGAUUUAGCUGAUUUUCAAGUGAGGUCCUGCUUCGCACCUAUCUUUCCACUAGGUUUUGACUGCUGUACAAGGAAAGUACACAGGGCAGUAAAACCUUGGAUUCAUACACCAAAUCCUCUUGCCUUCCAGGCCUCACACCUGUAUCAACUGAACAUAUAAGCAAGCCCCUGAAGUUGUAUUGUCUUUAAGUUCUCUGAAACAGUUCUAACUGCUGUACAGAUUUCUGAGAUGAAGUUGUAAAUCAAAAUGUGUUAUAGUGAACUCAGGCCUUGUGCAAAAUAUUUAAUAUGUUUAUUUGUCUAAUUGUACAGUCUCUGUACUAGUGGCAAUUCUAUGUUUUGAUUGUAAAACAUGAAAAUUCUCAUGUAUAAAGUGGUGUUACUGUAGUGUCAGCUGUGAUUCAUAAUUAGAACUGUCAUAGCAUGGCAUUAGUGUAUCUCCAACUUAAUGGACAGCUCUUCAGAAACAAAUUUAUUCUUGUAUCAACUUUUAGAUCAGUUACUUAAAAAAAAAAAAUGUAAAAGGUACAGUGACAGUUUUGAGAAAUUCAUAACACUUUGUACUGUGAAUGAGGUUGCCUAUAGAAAUAAAUGAACUUUUCAUAUUUUGGUGUUGGAUGAUAAUUUUAUUUUCAAUUUCUAUAAAAUAACUUGUGUGGAAAACUUUCACUUUAUAUUUUGUUUGAAACAUAGUUUAUACAAUGUAAUUUUGAGUUUAUUUCUUAUCGUGGUUGCUGUCCACAAGUGGUUGCCUUGAAAUGUGAUCAUAUUUCCUGUACAAAAGAAUGAAAGUUGUUAGGAAAAACUGACAGACUAGAUAUCUCAAGUUAGCAUUUACUUCUGAAAAUACACUAAGCCCAUGCCCGAAUCUGGGGUUUUGAUGCUACAUAGUGAUCUCAAUUUGCGUUUUCAUCGCUCAUUUCCCAGAAACUAGCCCUUACUCUGAACCUGGCUUUCAGAAUAUGCUGCUUUGUCAGGCUCACAAGUUUGCCAGUGCUUUGAAGGAAGCCAGUGCUCAGAUCUGUGUAUGGCAUAAAUUGAUCAAGUAUGAGACAUCUAAGAUCAGAUGCUUAGAAGCGUCAUCCUUGGCUGGAGCUGAUACGAGGGAGAAGAGUAAAGGAAGAAAGAUGUGGAUCAGGUAGAAGUUGAAAGGUAGCAAGUAGCUCCAAUUCCCUCUUCAUGUUUGUUUGCUGUGGAUGACAGCAUCCCCAUUCCUACCCUGUCUGUAUCUCAAGGGAGGA